AUGAUUCAAUUGUCAGCUUAUGGGGAGCGAGUAGUCGAUCGUAUCAGUAUGAUCGGUAUGUGGAUAGCAGUUACUAUUUGUGUUCGAAACUUUUUCGUCUGUCUUCGGCAAUAUCGUCGCACGCACGGUUUAAUCCAUUUAAUGAAUAUCGCACAAGUUGUCGUGCUGUUUAUCCAUCGAUUCUUGUAUGGUCUUGUUCCAUUAUUCGAAAUUACAACAUGUGCAUUUUGGCCCUUGCUUGUCUGUUUAUGGCAUCUGAACUACAUCCUUGUCUAUUCCAUCAUGUUCAAAAGAUUGCUCAUAUUAGAGUCGGAUAAACACUCAAUUUGGAUCAAACUUGUGGGCCUUUUCUUGAUCACACUACGAUUUGCUGACUGGCCCUACGAGCUAGCCUUUCAUACGUUGCAACAGCAAAUCAUGUCGCAAUCCGUUGAAUCUGGAUCCAAUUGCCUUGCUCAAUGGGGCACCGGUGUCAUCAUUCUGAAUUUUGUUGCUGAUGCAUUAGCCAACCUGUUCCUUAGUGGAAUGUUUGUUAGAAGAUUGUACGUGCAUAUCAGAAACUCUCGUAAAGUAAUGAGUCAUCGAAACCAAAUAAUCGAAUACAUUGCUCGCAAAUCACUCGUUUGUUUGAUUUUGACAUUUGUGGUUAAUUUAGCCAUGAAUCUAUUCAAGGUGACCAAGUUCAUUGGCAACAGAUCUGAUUCCUUCACUGUCUAUUUCGAAAUCAUUGAAUCAACACUGCUAGUAGAAGCUCUGCGCGUGGAUUAUACUCGACUUCCAGAGCAAAGCUUCUGUGAACACUGCGGUAUGGUGCUCAACUCUUACGGCAACAAGGAUCGUAAAAAUUUACAUCAGCAACAGAUUAAUGAUCAAGUCAACAACAUCAAUAUACCGGGCAGAACAUCAGCCAGAUCACUUGCGCCAUCCUCCAUCUUUUCUGAUGCGCCUUACAACUCAAACCACCAAUUGCAGCAGCAACAACACCAUUCGGACCAAUACAGUAUGAGCAAUACCAUAACAUCGCAUGGCCAUAUACCAUCUACUACUCGAAUCAAUGCUGACGAAGAGGUCUAA